AUGAUUUUACUUGUUAUUAUUUUGCUCGUCGCAAUUUACUUAUACACGACCCGAAACCAUAAUUACUGGGCUAAAAGGAAUAUAAAAUAUAAUCCACCAUUGCCUGUAUUUGGCAAUCACCUGCAAAAAGCUUUCGCAAUCAAAAGUAUAACCGAUGUAACAGUUGAUUUAUAUUAUAAAUAUCCUGAGGAGAAAGUCGUGGGCUAUUUCAGCGGAAAUACACCUGAACUUAUAAUCCGAGAUCCAGAAAUAGUGAGAGAUAUAUUAAGUGUUGACUUUACAUAUUUUUAUAUACGGGGCUUAGGAAGGGAUGUGAAAAAGGAACCUUUACUGAAAAAUAUUUUCAAUGCAGAAGGAGAUAUCUGGAGGCUUGUACGUCAAAGAUUAACUCCCGCUUUUACAACAGCCAAGUUGAAAGGUAUGUUUCCAUUAAUAGUCAAAUGUGCUGAGAAGCUACAUGGAUUAGGUGAUGACAUUGUAGCCAAAGGUGGAGAAUGUGACGUUCGUGAACUCAUGGCUCGAUUCACCACCGAAUUUAUUGGUGCUUGUGGUCUUGGUAUUGAAAUGGAUACGAUUACCAAUGAGAACUCAUUUUUCCGACAACUAGGGAAAGAUAUUUUCACCCGUUCAAGAAAAGAUGUUUUUUUCUUUGCUAUUUGGGAACUAUUUCCAGAAAUCAGGAGCAUGCUUAAUCUUUUUGAUCCCAAACUUGAAAAAGUAUUCAUUGAAAUUAUAACUAAGGUGUUUGAACAAAGAAACUAUAAACCUUCGGGAAGGCAUGACUUUGUGGACUUGUUAUUGGAUUUAGCAGCCAAAGGCAAAAUAAAGGGUGAGUCUAUCGAGGAACAACAACCAGACGGAACCCCAAAAUAUGUCGAAAUGGAAAUGGAUUUGCUCUGUAUGGUAGCACAAGUGUUCGUAUUCUUUGGUGCUGGCUUCGAAACUUCGUCUUCUUCUACAAGCUUUACCUUACAUGAACUUGCUUUCAAUCCCGAUAUACAAGAAAAUAUACAAAAUGAAAUUGACCGAGUUCUGGCUAAAUACGAUAACGAACUUUGCUUUGACGCUGUUGCAGAAAUGACGCUCCUAGAUAUGGCAUUUAAAGAGUCUUUGAGAAUGUUCCCUCCUUUAGGUACUCUACAUAGAGUUUGCGCCAAAAAAUACACAAUCUCUCAAAUUGGUGUGACCAUUGAUCCUGGAGUACAAAUCAUAAUUCCUUUACAAGCCAUUCAGAAUGAUCCGCAAUAUUUUGAAAAUCCGGAUAAAUUUAUGCCUGAAAGGUUUAGCGCACAAGAGGAGAGUGCUAGACGUAACUAUGUGUAUUUACCUUUUGGAGAAGGUCCCCGAGCGUGCAUAGGAGCUCGUUUGGGACACAUGCAGUCUCUAGCGGGGCUGGCCGCUGUACUGCAUAGGUUUUCAGUAGAACCGUCGAAUAAGACACGAAGGAAGCCUCUAGUUGAUCCAAAAUUAAAUGUUAUACAGAGUGUUAUAAAUGGAAUCCCGCUUAAACUGAAAUUGAGAAAAAAA